UUGAUUAGGUCGUUGACACUAAAAGGGAUUUAAAAAGUAAAAAUCACACCAGAAAUAAUACAUACAUAUACAAGUUCCAGAUCGAAUAUUCGAAAGAACAGAGUAACACCAGAAAGGGAUGACACAUGCCCUUCAUCGGAUCUUUUGUUUCUUGAUUCCCAUAUUUCUAUAUUAAACAUUUGACGAGAAGAAGACAACACCAUAGCUUUUUGUCUGAAACGAACCAGCCAUUCUCAAGAUCUUCUCAUUCACUUUUUUCCCGAGAAAACAUUAUGGAGUUUGAAGGAGCAAAAAAGCACAACAUGGAAGAAGAAGAAGCAGUGAUGGAUGAGAGAAUAUACGUUGCACUAGGGAGAGAACCUGCCAAGAACAAGUCAAAUCUGACCUGGGUAUUAGAUAACUGUCAAGGUUACAAGAUCUGCAUCCUUCUUGUUCAUCGACCUGCUCAAAUGAUUCCUGUCUUGGGUACCAAAUUCGAUGCUGCAACCGUAGAUGAAGAAUUAGUGAGAGCAUACAGAGAAAAACAAAAGGCCAAAACAGUCAAGAUUCUUGAUGAGUACCUUAGAAUAUGCCUCCGCAAAGGGGUAUUGUGUGUCUGUGUGUAUACUCUUCUUUACAUAAGGGAUGUGAAGUUUCCGCCAUUUCUAAGGAGAUUGGUUUUGCAGGUUCAAGCGGAGAAGCUGUGCGUUGAAAUGAACUCGAUCGAAAAGGGAAUCCUGCAGACGAUUUCUGAGAACAGAGUGAGGAAGUUCAUCAUGGGAGCAGCUUCUGACAAUCAUUAUUCAACUAAAAUGGAGGAUUUGAGAUCGAAGAAAGCCAUCUUUGUCUGCCAACACGCGUCUGUGACUUGUCAUAUACGGUUUAUCUGCAAAGGAUAUCUCAUCCAUACAAGGGAAGCUAGAAUGGAUGAAGUCCGAGCUCUCUCAGCUCUACUAUCUGACUUUCAACGGCUUGUCUCCCCACAUUCAGAUCAAGAAAGUGGAGUUUCAAAGAGGAACAGCGAGGAGGAGGACGAGAGAGCAUCACGAACCAGCUCUUCUCGGUCUGCUAGUACGAUUUCAUACUUUGGAGGAUCUGAGGCUUCCUCAAGUGUAAGUGUACUGGAAGAGAAAUCAAACUAUCCAUCUCCACCCUCUUUACCGUGCACCGGAAUGGGACUGGGCAUGAUAACCUUCCUGAUUAACUCCACCAAACUCUGGCAAAGGCUUGCUAUCCAAAACCAUAAGCAUGGUCAAUGACCCCACCAUUACCUGAAAAGCCACAUAAAGAAGAAGAGGACAAGAACAUAAAGCUACAAAGAUCUUGAUCACAUCUGUAAAUACAAUGUAUCUCAUAUUUGUAAACCCCAAUUGUGUGAGGAGAAGCUGCUUUGAGAUUUCCUCUCCUUCUCAUCUUGUGAGCAGUGUGAGGCUUGUAAUUCUAUAUAGAUAAUGGAAUCAUCUUCACAUUA